GCCGCCGCUCCCCGCGGCGGGACCUCCGGCGGGAAGGAGAGGCCGGGCUGCCGGGCCAAGGGAGUUUCCACAAUGGAGAAGAGGGAAAGUGAUAAUCGUGCCAUUGAUCAGAAUGCAGGUCAGAACAUCAUGCCGAGAAGAAAUACAGGAAACCUUAACUACUUGAAUGUGGAUAUGCAGGUUGCCAAUCCAUCAGAAGCAGCUGCACUUUUUGAUUUACAUCAAGCACACCAUUUUGGUGAGUUUGAACGCUCUUCAGAACAGCACUGCAAGCAGGAUCUGUUCCCUAGGUGGCACUUGCCAAUGAAGAUAGCAUCUGUGAUCUCAUUAUUAACAUUUAUUUACACUUCUAUGAGAGAUGUCAUAUAUCCUUUUAUAASCAGAAAGGAAAAUGUUUUCUAUAAAAUUCCAAUCCUUGUCAUAAACAAAGUUUUACCAGUGACUUCAAUUACCCUUUUAGCACUAGUGUAUUUACCAGGAAUAUUAGCUGCUGGUUUCCAGCUGUACUUUGGCACCAAGUAUAAAAGGUUUCCCCAGUGGCUGGAUAGAUGGAUGUUAUCAAGGAAACAAUUUGGACUUCUCAGUUUCUUCUUCGCUACAUUGCACGCCUGCUAUAGCCUGUGCUAUCCUAUGAGAAGAUCAUACAGAUACAAGCUGCUGAACUGGGCAUUCCAGCAGGUGAAACAAAAAAAAGAAAAUGCCUGGAUUGAACAUGAUGUUUGGAGAAUGGAGAUUUAUGUGUCUCUAGGAAUUCUGGGACUUGCUUUGCUGGCCCUGUUGGCAAUAACAUCAAUUCCAUCUGUGAGUCAUUCUUUGACCUGGAGAGAGUUCCACUAYAUUCAGGUGUGCAUGAAUGUCAAUACUGCAUGUCAUUAGUGCCAUUUGUAGAACUGUGUUAUCAGCUAAGGCCAUUAGGAAUGAGAAACAUCAAACACAGAKGAGUUAGUGAAACCAAUCUAAAAGUUUGUUCUGUACUCUUUGUUAAUUGGUUUGCAAGAAAUGUUCUUUUCAUUCACUCUUUUCAGGAGAACAAGCUGUUGUGUUCAGUGUAUAAACUGGGAAGAAAAGACAACUUCAAACCCCUCUUUUUCCUCUUCCUGACUUUGUGACCAGCAGCAGUUGUCCCUUCAAGACCUUUUCUUAGCUCUGGUGCUGGAGACAUUUCAGUCACCUUCUAUAAUCUUUCUGAAAUGCCCUGUGUCCUGCUGAAUUGGGAGUAGGUGGCAUUGAACCAGUCAAUGCUGCUCCCAUAUGACACAGUAUUCUGAAAGAGACACAUAAUCGAAUCCAGCCAGUCUUGAGUUUGCUACAGCUGUGCUUGUUUCCUUCACCCAUGCAUCUGGUUUACGCUCUCAAUUCUCUUACAUCAUAUGCAAUAAUAAUCAGGGGUGGUCUCAUUAGAUUUAAGCAAGUGUUGGAUCAGGCCCUCAAACACCAAAAUCUGAAAAUUCAAUAGCCUAUUAAGUACGUGGCAUUUAAAAACUUGAUUUGUGUUUUAAAAGCAGUUCUGAAGUUAUAAUCACCAAUUAGUGAUUUGAUGUUCUACACACUUUAUGAAGUCAUCAUUUGUAAGAGAAGUUUUCUGGAUUACAGAGACAGUGGACGGGUCAGGAGGGUGUCUCCAAAUGCAUGAUUGCUUUCAGUAUCUAAUGACUAUGUGAAGAAACCCACAAGAGUAAUACUUCUGUGUUGGACUUGUUUUAUGAACAAAUAACAUUACUCAAAAAUCAGGUUCUAUACGUUUAGCAGUUGGGAAGGCAGUGUUCAAUUUCACAGAUGAGUACAAGAUUGUUUUGUGACAAGAAACUCAAAAUUACUAGUAAAUUUUCUUUACUACUGAAUUUUGUAAACAACCUAAGCCAAAUUUAUUACUUUAAGUGAAAUGAAAGACUUGAGUUUCYUGGAGUUGUGCAAUUGCUUUUGCCAUAGUACUAGACUUACUAGAGAUUGUGAUUUUAAUUUAGCUUAAAAUUUUUCUUUGCAAGUAAUCAAU